AUGAUCUCGUUCUUCUCCUACGAAAUCGACCACAAUCCUGAACCCGAUAAUGUUGGCACAAUCAAAAUCAGUGUUUCUACAACCAAAAUACAUCAAAGUAUCAUCCAUUGGGACCUCUAUGAAAAACUAAUAGGAUUCUCUGGUAACCCUGAAUGUAUUGAUGUAGAGCUUACUGAAUUCUUGAUGUGGUCAGGAGAAACCACUCCCAUAGAUGAUUACGAUGUGUUUUUACACUUACGGAGACUUGUAGAUCAAGCAAUUUCCUCUGAUGAUUAUAAUCUAGGUUGUGCUUUAAGAGUGUACUUGAGGACUCUUACUAUUGAUGUUCCUUCUGAACAAAUUGAGGUACACGUCCUCGUAGGUUUAGUGGAUGGGCACGAUGUUAUCUUUGAAUUUGAUCAUCAUCAAAUUGAAGAAGCAGCUCCAUCUCAGCUUGAAGAAGGUUUUCGAGUCUCACUCAAUGAGACCAUUGAAGAAGAUGUUCCAGGUUUAGAGGAUGAUGAGCAGGAUUCUAUAUUUGAAUUUGAUCAUCAUAUUGAAGAAGCAGCUUCAUCUCAGCUUGUAGAAGUUUACCGAGUUUCGCUCAGUGAGACCAUCGAAGAAGAGGUUCUAGGUUUAGAGGAUGAGCAAGACGUUAUCAGCUUUGACUUUGAUCAUCAAACUGAAGAGGCAGCUCGGUCUCAGCUUAGAGAAGUUUUUCGAGUCUCGCUCAAUGAGACCAUUGAAGAAGACGUUCUAGGUUUAGAGCAUGAGCCCGAUGUUAUCUUUGUCGAUGAAGAAGCAGCUCCAUCUCAGCUUGAACAAGUUGCUCGAGUCGACGACUUUGUGCACUUAUUGAAUGUGCACAAUGUUAGCUUUGACUUUGAUCAUCAAACUGAAGAAGCUGCNCAUCAAAGUAUCAUCCAUUGGGACCUCUAUGAAAAACUAAUAGGAUUCUCUGGUAACCCUGAAUGUAUUGAUGUAGAGCUUACUGAAUUCUUGAUGUGGUCAGGAGAAACCACUCCCAUAGAUGAUUACGAUGUGUUUUUACACUUACGGAGACUUGUAGAUCAAGCAAUUUCCUCUGAUGAUUAUAAUCUAGGUUGUGCUUUAAGAGUGUACUUGAGGACUCUUACUAUUGAUGUUCCUUCUGAACAAAUUGAGGUACACGUCCUCGUAGGUUUAGUGGAUGGGCACGAUGUUAUCUUUGAAUUUGAUCAUCAUCAAAUUGAAGAAGCAGCUCCAUCUCAGCUUGAAGAAGGUUUUCGAGUCUCACUCAAUGAGACCAUUGAAGAAGAUGUUCCAGGUUUAGAGGAUGAUGAGCAGGAUUCUAUAUUUGAAUUUGAUCAUCAUAUUGAAGAAGCAGCUUCAUCUCAGCUUGUAGAAGUUUACCGAGUUUCGCUCAGUGAGACCAUCGAAGAAGAGGUUCUAGGUUUAGAGGAUGAGCAAGACGUUAUCAGCUUUGACUUUGAUCAUCAAACUGAAGAGGCAGCUCGGUCUCAGCUUAGAGAAGUUUUUCGAGUCUCGCUCAAUGAGACCAUUGAAGAAGACGUUCUAGGUUUAGAGCAUGAGCCCGAUGUUAUCUUUGUCGAUGAAGAAGCAGCUCCAUCUCAGCUUGAACAAGUUGCUCGAGUCGACGACUUUGUGCACUUAUUGAAUGUGCACAAUGUUAGCUUUGACUUUGAUCAUCAAACUGAAGAAGCUGCUCCAUCUCAACUUGGACAAGGUUUUCAAGUCUCGCUCAAUGAGACCAUUGAAGAAGAGGUUCUUGGUUUAGAGGAUGAUCAGCACGAGGUUAUUUAUGUCCGUGGAGAAAUGGCUCCAUCUCAGCUUGUUCGAGUCUUCGAGUUUCGACACUUAUGGGAUGAGCACAAUGUUAGCUUCGACGACUCUCAUCAUCGAAUUGAAGAGAGGGAUCGUUCUCUGAUUGAAGAAGUUUUUCAAGCCUCGUUCAAUGAGGCCAAUAUUGUCAGGUUAAGACCUGCGAGCAAGCUCGCUGUCGAGUCUUUGAAAAGAAAAAUAUACAAGAAGACUAGCGAUGCGGUCGGUGAGAUUUGAGAAUAAACGAAGAACUUUGU